AAUCGCUGGAGGUUAAAGAGGAAAAGUCCGCUCUCGACGUGUCGUCGUCGUCGUAUCGGGGCAUUAGUACCACGGGACUCGACGACAAGGACGCCGGGCAAAGGAGGUCCACACUUCACUUCGCGCUUGACGAUCAAGGCGUAACGGCGAUAACGAGAGCACCGCCGGGAUUCAGUCGAUUGAUACGGUGCGUCGUCGGUGAACGAUGAUAUUUGACUACGAGACGCGCGCCGCACAGUGACAGCCGGUGUGAAGAGGAGGAGCGAGAAAACAAUAAGACCGCGGAUGAGCGAUAUUGAAGAAUGGUAGUUUGAAAUCAGCCGAGCCGCACCAAGAAGACGACACGCACGUGAGAGCGACUCUCUGACAGACGGCCACAAGGUGAAUAGACACAACGAUGGUAGAUACACAACACUUUUGUCUGCGAUGGAACAAUUACCAGAGCAGCAUAACCUCGGCAUUUGAAAAUUUGCGGGACGAUGAGGACUUCGUGGACGUGACGCUGGCCUGCGACGGCAAAAGCCUGAAAGCGCAUCGCGUCGUUCUCUCCGCCUGUAGCCCGUACUUUCGAGAAUUGCUCAAGAGCACGCCGUGCAAGCAUCCAGUGAUAGUGCUGCAGGAUGUAGCGUUCAGCGACUUACACGCCUUGGUGGAGUUUAUUUAUCACGGCGAGGUGAACGUGCACCAGCGUUCUCUCAGUAGUUUUCUGAAAACCGCAGAGGUCCUGAGGGUGUCGGGUCUCACGCAACAGGCCGACCAGACCGACAGAGACGAGCUGUCGCAUGUCCGCGCGCUGGCGGCCGGCGGCAAUCACUUGCCGUUCCACGAAAAGUCGGAGGAGACCUUCCCUCGCGGCGGCGGCUCGCCACCUACACCGGUGACCCCCACGCCGACGACGGUGCAGCAACUGCUGCGCCGGGCGCAAAUACGCCGGAACGAGAGACGCACCCCGGACCCGCACGACGAGUCGGCGAAGAGACCGAGGGUGCCGUCGCCGCCGCUCAACAACAACGACGCCACGCCCACGGACUUCUCGAUGGUGAAGAACAAUCAUCUGUCGACCAAGGUCGAGGGCAACGGCGUGCACGACGAGAACAGCCUCGUCGAGGACAAUAUAAAGUGCGAGCCGUUGGAGCUGACCGGCGGCAACGCCGGCAACGCCGGCAACAACGAGGACUCGUCGGACUCCGGCGCCGCGGCGUCGGACCGACCGCCCGCCUCGGCGAGCAGCAACGAGCACGAGCCGGAGCCGGAGCACGCGUCCGCGCAGAACUUCCUGCCCGAGAGCAAGCUCUUCACCUCCACGCCCGGCAGCUUCAACUUCAGCAUGGCGGCGCUCACCACCGAUCACACGCCGUUGCCAGUGAAAUUUCCAGGGUUGGGCCACACCGGCUUGCAGACACCGGACCUGGCGGGAACUUCGCAAGACCAGGAGGUCACCGAGGAGGACGGGGGUUGGCAGUCCGCUACCAACAUCGAGUACCAACGACAAAUACAGCCAUCGAACCAAAGUACAAGCGUAAAUCAGUGCGGUGAGACGGUGCAACCGCAGCACCAGGAGUUGCCGAUAAUUGAUCUAUUAGACAACAUUAACGAUCAGAUGGAGAUCAUGUUGAAAUCUGAGCCUACCUCACCGAGAAUGGACGAGUUCGAGUCUUGCCUCCUGUCGAGUCAUACGAUCGACGAGCACACGGAUCUCGAUUCGACAUGCGAGAGUCGACACGAUGGCCAUCGGCAGCAGCAGCAGCAGCAAACGCCCGGAAGAUCCUCGAGUAACGACGCCGCGUCUUUCGCGGAGCCGCGAUGGCUGCGACCGCGAAACGCUUCCUCGAAACAUCAGGACCCCUUGCGCACGAGCAACGAGCAGGAUCAUAAAUACUUGAAUCGCACUUACUGCAGAUUUUGCCAAAAGACCUUCUCACGCGCUUGGUCCUUACAGAGGCACUUGGCCGACACGCACUUCUACGUGCCGCAGUCGUUGUCCUGCGAUCAGUGCGGCAGGAGUUACAAGUCGAGAAACAGUUUGGUCAGCCACAAGAGCCAAUAUCACGCUAGAAAGGAGCGCAAGGAGCACGAGGCUCAGUGCGAAGUCACGUAUUGAUUGAACGGCGCUCGCGCCGGUGACCGUUUGCGUGCAUUUUGCAUACCGCGGAAGAAGGACGUCCGCAAGGUUUAGAAUUGUAAUACGCGGAAGACUCUAUACCGCUCUGUAAUCGGGUCUAUAUCGUAUACUGCAGUUACAUCUCGACAGUAUUGGGGCGGAAUCUUUGCUAGUCGUUUGUUCCUCUGGCGAAUCACUUCGGUUCGGACCAAAGAAAUCGUCUGUGCUAACAGUUGUUACCUAUCGAGUAUCCCGCCGCUCUGGGAAUAGCGUUGUAAACUCGAAGACAGCGUCGCGCGCUUAGUCGGCACGUGAUCAUCUGGGAUCCGAAUUUGAGAGACCCACGGUUCCCCAUGUUUAUUCGCGGUGCCUCGCAUCGUAUCGUAACUGUAAUUAACGACGGCCGAGAGGAUUCAAUAAAAUUCGAGAAAAAUCAAACGAGUCUUUCUCAACAUCCAAUUUAGCACUUAUUCCGUUUGGCCCUUCUUUUUAUCUCCAUGGAUUCGCUAUACACGAUAGUAUUACUAGUCAACAUUUAUCGCGACGCGACUUCGUUCGGAUUCCGUUAUUUGUGAAUCGUUCAACACGAUUAGAGUCGGAGAGAGAGAGAGAGAGAGAGAGAGUUUGGAUUAUUUCGUUGAUACCUCGAAAAGUUGUUCACUAUAUAUCACGGAAAUAAAAUCGCGGAUCGCGUUAAAG